AUGCCAGGAACGCCCGUCCGAAAUGUAAACAAUCCCUUCGAACCCAUCAUCCUCAAACGGGUUCGACCUGCACUUGUGCAUCACCACGACAGCAUGGCGGACUCACCACCCCUAAGCCCACUGAAGGUUCACUCCGUCUCAAGCCUCAACACGCAACUCCUCGCCCACGGGUUCGCGAAGCGCCCGCUGCGCCUCGACAACCUCACUGAUGCGGAACAAAUCAACGUCACCAGCGUCAUUGUCGAGUUGCUCGGCGCGAAUGUGGUGAGCGCCGGCCCUCAUUUCCUUCAGACUAUUGGGAUUAGUUGCUCUUCCCCCACAUCCCACCCUUCCCUCCGCCGAGCUUCCAUAUGCCCUUCCAUAGCUGACGCACAGAACAACCUGAACCGACUCGAGGACCUCUCUGCCCGCCAUCGCUCGCUGCAGUUCGAGUGGGAGUGUCUGUCCGAAAAGGUCGAGCGACAAGCAAAGUCAAUCUCGAAGCUAGAACAUGACGUCGAGCACCAAAAGUCUCGCGCAGCGGAGGCGGAACGUAAGGCGUCUGCCGAGGAGCGUGAGUCGGCCAAGCUGCGGCACGAGAUCGACCGCGGGAAGCGUAAUCUCGAGACACUCCGCACGGCGGCUCAGCAAGAAACGAAGCGGCAGCAGAUCAAGCUCGACAAGCUGACAGCUGCUCCGCGACACCAGCUGCCCAACUUUACGCUCCUGAAUCCGAUCGCGCCGGGGACUACGGCACCAGCUGCGCCUGGUCCUCUGCCUCUGCUCGAGAAUGGGAUCCGGGACCUGGACGCACUCCGGCAGAGUGCGACCGAGGAAGCCGAGGCGUUCCGUCACGUCAUAGUCGGUAUCGCGAACGGGCUGAAUGAGGCGCUGGCUUGGUCAGAGGGUCGGGACGUUGACCGCAUCCUCCUCGCCGAGUUCUUCGAGAUGUCCACCCGACAUGGCCAGGCUUCCAGCUGGACGGCCCACCCGAGCAUCGCCGAUAUCAAGCUGAAACGGCUGCUCGAGGACGUGCGCGAGCGGCUGAUGGAGGGUCCCGCGCCCUCCGCAGUCGUUGCGGAGGAGGAAGACCCCGAGGCGGCAGCGAGGGAGAGGGAACGCCAACGUCGGGAAGCCGACCUGCGCGACCGCGUGAAGGAUCUCGAGGUCGAAGUUGGCAUUGCUCGCGCAAAGGAGGAAGAAGCGCAGAAGGUCGUCGAGGAAAUGGCGCGUACGAAUGCCGCCGCCUCAGUGCCCUCGACAACAGACUUUGCAGACCAGAAACUGCGCGACGAGCUCGUGAGGCAGAAACGUCUCCUGGACGCGGAGCGCGACGAGCUGACGCGCGCACAACUCUCGGUUGCCGAAGAACGUCUCGGUCUCGAGGAAGCAAGGCGUACGUUUGAGGAGCGCCGGGCGGAGGAGAUUGAGCGCGCGAUGCGGGAGAGAGAGGCAGAGCGGGAGGAGGAGGCCAAGCGCAAGGCGGACGAGGACAGCGAUGACGACGAGCCAGUGGGCCACGAACACAGGCCUAGCAAGCCGAGCCCGUUAUCGCCCCAUCGCAAGCGACACGUCAAGAAACGCCCGCGGCCAAGUCUCCAGCGCCUCGUCGUUGAGAAGCAGCACCAUGCGAAAGCAUGCUCGACCGUCAUCACCCCAGAAUCCACUGCGCCCUCUGCCGUUUCCUCCGCGCCUUCCUCAUCAUCCUCGACCACGCCUCCGAUCUCCGCGGAAGCGGGCCCGAGCUCGAGCCAGACCGUGAAACGCACCCCGCCAGCCGAGAAGAUCCUGUCCGAGGGCGGGGAGAAGGCAAACGCCAGCAACGCCAGCAACGCCGGCAGCGCCGGCAGCGCCUCUGGCGAGACGCCAAUGCUGGGCGGCGCGCGCCUGCUCAAAGCGGGCGUGACGCUGCGCAAGACCUCAUCCGACCGCCCGCGCAAGAAGACCGCCAAGCCCGCAAAUCCGACGUCAAAAUCCAAGCCGCCCGUGUCCGCCGGCAUCCGCGCCGUGAAGCGUACCCCCGACUCGGCCCGGAAGCCGACCCUUGAAGCGGCGGGCAUUCGCAAGAGCUUCACGAUGACGGGGUCGUUGAGGGACUCUGGUGGCGCUAGUGGGCGGAGCUCGACGGGGAGUGUUGCGAGUGUCGCGAGUGUCGCAAGCGGCGCGAGUGGCGCGAGUGACAGUGGCAAGGGGGUGGCGCCCGGCAUGACGCCGAGUCAGAGCCGCUUGCUCUCCGGCACGGCAGCUAGCAACGCCAAAGCCCGGAGAGUGGAGACAGAGCGCGCGAGGCUCGGAAAGGUCUGGAAGUGA